GAAGCAGCGAGCCGGAAGUGGGGUUGGACAGGUUCUCCCCAAGGGUGGGGAAGCGGAGGCCAGGAGGAGGGGGGCAAAAAAGAAGGUGGAGGAUCCUGGCUGCCACUCUGAGUCCGAUCCCGAUUCACUUAGAACUCUGAGACCCAGAGAAAGGGAAGGCGUGUCGACCCCCUUCACGCCUCCUCCCCGUCCUCAGCCUUAGCGAUGGCCGAGGCAGGGGCCGGGCUGAGUGAGACCGUCACUGAGACAACGGUUACCGUGACAACCGAGCCCGAGAACCGGAGCCUGACCAUCAAACUACGGAAGCGAAAGCCAGAGAAGAAGGUAGAAUGGACGAGUGACACUGUGGACAACGAGCACAUGGGGCGCCGCUCAUCAAAGUGCUGCUGUAUUUAUGAGAAACCUCGGGCCUUUGGCGAGAGCUCCACCGAGAGCGAUGAGGAGGAAGAGGAGGGCUGUGGCCACACACACUGUGUACGGGGCCACCGCAAGGGACGGCGUCGUGCAGCCCCAGGACCCAGCCCCAGCACCCCUCCCCAGCCUCCUGACCCCUCCCAGCCCCCUCCAGGGCCAAUGCAGCACUAAAUUCCUCUCUGCCCCACCAUCCCCGUGUCUGUCUGGCCCUGAAUGUAUUCAUGUCGCUACGUGGGGACUAAACCGAUGGUUUGACCCCUUCUCCAGCCCCCUCCUGCCGUCUUCUGCCUGAUGGAGGGAAGAGGAGAGGAAGGGAGACAGAGAUCCUGGAAUUCUGACUUGCUGCUAUUCCGGAACCCACGCUUCUGGGUUCUCCCAGCCCUCGUUUCUCCCUGUGCUCUCCUGGGGUCCAGGCAUCUCAGCCCCAGGCUCUUCCCCUCGUUCUCACUGCCAAACCGCCUGUCCUGGGAUCCAGUCUCCUGACCCCUUGCGUUUUCUGUUUGAGUCCAAAACACUUAAAUUGGGUUUCCAGCAGUCCCAGCCUUCACUGCCAGGAUCCCAGUCAGAUUCCGGGCCGUCUUGCCCCAGCUCCGCUUUUUAACCCUGGCCUAGAGCGCUUCCAGUACUGUGUUUAUAUAAGCCUGUGGGGUAUGUGGGCUCCCAGCCCAACACCCUUAUGCCCUCCAGAGGGGCUGGGAGAGAGAGAGGUCUUUGUUUUCUCACCUUUCAUGGAAAAUGGAAAAGGAAAUUGUGAUGGCCUCUCCUCACCUUUCUCACCUGACACUGGAUGUGACGAAGCUGGCUUGGAAACUGGCAACAUGGAGCCAGCCUUCUCUGACUUCUGGCUUCAGAGACAGAUCCAGCUUAGUCCCAGGGUCCUGGGUCCCUGGGAGAGGAAGGAAAAAGGGGGGGGGAGCAAAAAGGGUAUGUCCCCUACACUGCACUCUUACCCCUUCCUUCCUAGGCUUCCAUGUCUCUGCCAGCCCAGAUGCCCAACUCUCAGCCCUUCCCACUCCUUAACUGGGAUCUUGAGUUCAUUUCCUAGGCCUCUUGCCAUACACAGUUGCAGAGAUGAGUCAAAUCAUACCAUCACUGAGAUCUCAUUUAUUGCCACAGAUGCAUAAAAUAAAUAACCCAACAUCACAAAACGUGUUAAA